UGACAGACGACUCACUACGAACGAUAAUAAGAUUAAACACCAGGGACAAUCAAUCGGACUGGAGUCAGCUACUCAUAGCAUCUAUAAUAAGCUAGGCAUUAGCACUUGUGGUUUUUGGUUUUCGCCCGGUCAUCCCCCCGUUUUUGAGAUGAGUGGAAUAGCAUUAAAGCUAACGUCAUUAUUAGUAAGGACAGUGGCAAAGCCAAUUGCAACUGCUAUUAAAACCCAAGCAAAAGAUCAUGAGAAAUUCAGGAAAACAUGUAUUAAAAUAGCACAGACCAUCCAUCAUACUGAUUUAAGGUUGCGUAUGUCAUUAUUGAAUGAGAAAAAGAUAAAAAUUAGACCCCUUAAUGAUAAUAAGGCCAUUGAAAACGGGGCUACUUUUAUUUCGGAAUUUUUCAUAUUUUCAGUUGCUGGUUCUUUAAUUUUCUAUGAGAGUUAUAGAAGUAGGAAGAAGGCCAGUGAUGAAAGAGAUGCAUUAUCUGAUGAUAUUGCUGCUUUACAAAGUGAAAUUGAAUACAUUAAAGAUAAAUUAGAUACCUAUAAUAUCAAACUAGAUGAUUAUAUUCUACCUGAAGGAAUAAAACCAAAGUAUAUCGAUUUAUCCAAGAAGAAGGGACAACCCGUAAAAGAGGAAAUAAAAGUAGAAGAAUCAACGGUAAAAGAACCAAAGGUAAAAGAACCAAAGGGAAAGGAACCCCCACUGGAAUCAAAAGAUCCGGUGAAAGCACAACCAGCAUAGCUACACUUGUAUAUAUUCAUGUAAAUACUAGACUUAGAUAAAUUUUAUAUUAAACGUAGAAAGAG